AUGAGGGCUAUUAUCGUGGCGACUCUUCAACCCACUCUCCCUCAUUCAAUCAUGCUGAUAAUCAUUGAAUACCUUGACCAUAUUGACAGACAUGCGUUUGAAGAUCUUCACAACCACAUCAAGAGCUCGGCGGUGAUCGUGACGGAGCCCGAUUUCAACGCCAAGAUCUGCCACUUCGGCACCGCGAAGCUCUGCGGGGAAACAGACGGAUCGAGAGAUUCCAGAGCCGUUAGAUUCGAAGGAGUGAUAGGAUACAUGUCGCCGGAGUUUCAGGCUUCGGGGGUUGCGACUCAGGAAUCAGACGUGUUCGCCUUCGGAGUCAUGAUGCUUGAGCUUCUCUCCGGGGAGGAGCCGUUGAAGUACAGGUAUGAGAAAUCGAUAGGGGAUUUUGAACGGACUUCGGUGAUUGAAACGGCGAAAGCGGUGGUUGACGGCGGAGAUGGUGGUGAUUUAGAGGGGCGGUUGAGGAGGUGGAUGGAUCGGAGGUUGGGGGAUUCAUUUCCGGUGAAGGUGGUGGAGAAGUUAAUGCGGUUGGCGUUGGAGUGCGUGGAGGAUGAGGCGGUGAACCGGCCGGAGAUGGGAAGAGUCGCCGGAAAGAUAUCGCAAUUGUAUUUGGAAUCGGAGAAAUGGAUCUUCCAACCAAGAUUAGAAGCGAGAUCCAGAGCGGCAGACAUGGACAUGAAAAAUAUGUAUGGAGGAAUUUUUGUAUUCCUGCCUUUCUCAGAAGAUUAG